AAACAAACAAACACAAUAGUUAGUUUCAGGCCACAAAAUCAAAUCUCAUCUCCUUUAACUCUUCUCCCACCGACACAUACGCUGCCGCAAAUGUAGCUGCUGGAGCAAGAAGAACUCUGAGAAUAAUAAGAUUCAGCUUAUUCUCAAUUUUUUUUUCUCAGGUAGAUGGUUUUGAAUACUUAAAAGGAAAACUGCACUACCAUCUUGACUGAAUUCUCGGGAGUAUGUGGCCAGAGUUAGUGAACAAUCUGUCAUUGUAUGCCGACAUGGAAAUGAAGCCUAAAAAUCCUGUAUUUUGGAGAACUGAAUCAUGAACAAGGCAGUUUUUAUGGCAAGGUGAAGGGUUUCCAAAAGAAGUUUUUAAGCGAAGUUAGGGAAUUAUUGCCUUAAUCUGUAGAACAAAAUGAUGAGCAUCAGCAUCAAGUCUAAUUCCAUAGUCAUUCCAAGCGAGCCUACUCCAAGUGGCCUAUUGCAGUUAUCUGAGAGUGAUCAAGUAGCGCAGUGGACUCAUGCACCAGCCAUACACAUUUACAAAUCCAACAACAACAACAACAACAUCCCAUUUUCAUUUGAGAAGAUGAAAAAUGCCUUAAGUCGUGCAUUGGUUCACUUCUACCUCCUUGCUGGCCGGCUACGCUGGAUAGAAGGCGGCCGGCUAGAACUUGAUUGCAAUGUAAUGGGAGUGCAAAUAUCGGAAGCUUAUGCUGACGCAAAAUUGGAUGAACUUGGUGAUUUUGCACCAACUGGUGUAGUCGAAGAUCUUGUCCCCAAGAUUGAUUAUACUACUCCAAUUGAGGAGUGGCCUUUGUUCCUGGCACAAUUGACAAGAUUUAGCUGUGGUGGCAUUUGUGUUGGAACAGCCGUAUCUCAUACCAUGGCUGAUGGACUAUCUGCAACUAACUUCAUCAACUCAUGGGCAAAGUUGGCUCGAGGAUGCGAUUUGGAGGACAAUGAGAUACCAUUUCUUGAUCGAACUGUGUUGAGAUCAAGUAAACGGCUUAUGAAGCUGCGCUUUGAUCACAUAACGUACACCACAAAGUCACCACUCGUGAUCGGGAGCUUGGAUGCCAAGGAAGAGCAAAAGAAGGAAACUAGUGUGACCUUAUUAAAACUUACUAGAGAGCAAGUUGAGGGACUAAAGAACAGAGCCAAUAAUGAAACCCCAUAUCAAGAAAAUGGGGUGUCAACAAUAAGGCCAUAUUCUAGAUACGAGGCUAUUUCUGGCCACAUGUGGAGGUGUGCUUGUAAGGUACGUCGUGUAGCUGAUCAUGACAAUCAACCUACAAGGGUUCGCAUUUUAGUUGACGUUCGCAACCGGUUAAAUCCACCUCUCCCUCAACAAUAUUUUGGAAACGCAAUUUGUGCUACAGUGACAUCAACAUGUCUCUACGGCGACCUCUUGUCCAAGCCACUGGGUUAUUCUGCUGGAAAACUAAGGGAAGCCAUUGAGACAGUGACAGAUGAGUAUAUAAUGUCUAAUCUUGAUUUUAUAGCAAGUCAGAAACAUGUUGGUGGUCUGAGGAACAGCUUUCACAUUCGAGGACUCGGUACAGAAGCACCUUUCUUAGGGAAUCCUAACCUUUCUCUUGGUAGCUGGAUGAAUCUACCAGUCUAUGACACAGAUUUUGGAUGGGGAAAGCCUACAUACGUGGGUCCAGGGUUGUUAAAUAUGGAUGGUAAAUCAUUUAUUUUGCCAAGUCCCCUUAAUGAUGGAUCUCUCAUCAUAGCAUUUCGUUUACAAACACAACAUAUGGAUUCUUUCAAGAAAUUCUUCUAUGAGGAUCUUGCUAUAUGAACCGAAAUAUCUCAGGACAACACAGGACCAGCUGUGGAUGUGCAAAGUUGCAUGAGUGCUUGGACUCAACAAAGGAUAAAAGCUGAUGAAGUGGAGUUGGAUGUGCUGGACUAGUUCUUAGUUAUUUCGCAAGGAUUGGUAGCAGUUGAUUAGUUGAUAGGAUUUGUCAAUAAUGCUUCCCAUCUUUUAGGAAGAAAUGGUAGCAGAAGAUUUAACACUAGUUGUUAAUCUAUUGCUAUUUUAAAUUAUUAGAUAUGAAUGGUUCCUUUAAUUUAGAAGUAGCUGGAUGAGACACAUCCUAUCUUUGUAGUUCUGCUAUUUAUGUAAGUUGAUGUGCAAAAUAAUGGCAAGCAAAUUUAAACCAAAAUUUCUCUC